AUGGCAGGGCUCGAAGAGAUAACGACACCGCCACAGCACGUCACGGCCGAGCAGCUCGAACAGCUGCAACAAGCCACGCCCGACUCGUUCGCAUCCAUCCCGCCAGUCCUGCGCCUCCACCUGACGCAGUCGACCGUCUAUCUCAGCCCAUCGCCAUCCGCACGGCCAUCAUGCUUCCAGCUCCUUUCCAACCACAACUCAAAUGGCAACGGCGCCCACGAGAGCGAAGAGGACGAGGAUGAGGACGCCGAGGUGUUUCAAGCUUCCGGGCAGCUCUGGCUCACCGAGCGCGAGGUGGCCUUCCUAUCGGCCAAGACCAACAGCGGCUUCAAACUAGGAUACCCCAAUGUUGCGCUGCAUGCCGUCACCCGCUCUCCUCCGAGCUUCCUUGCUGCCGGCUCCUCCUCAUCUGCUGGCUUUCACGGUUGCUUGUACUGUCAGCUCGAUCUGAGCCCCAACGCAGGUACAGGUCAGAUGGGCGACGACGAGGAUGAGGACGGCGAGUUCGUCGAGAUGUACAUCUGCACGCCCGAUGCUGCGUCGCUGGAUCAACUUUUCGAAGUGCUGUCGCACUGUGCCUCGCUGCAUCCAUCGGGGCCAACAGAAGACGACGGCGGACACCCGUUCGCUGGCUUUGCACCUUUUGGGACGGGCGCAUCUGGCGAAGAACUCGAGGGCGAAGACGAUGGCGCUUUCGACGAUGCCGAGACGAAUGGAGACCACGAGGACGCAGAGGGCGACGAGCAAGAACUCAGCGAGACUGGCAGGCGCAACCUUGUCCACCUCGAGAGUGUCAUGCAGUGGCCGGACGCUUCCGAAACUAGCACGCUCGUGCCGGAAGCCGGGGCGGACGACACGGCAUCCAGCAUCGUUGCUGGUGCGACCAACACGCUGAUCCUGUCGAACCUGCCGAACGAGUUCUUCAUCCCGCAUAUCUGCUCGCUUUUGCUCUCGCUGCUCAACACGUAUGGCCCUAUGGUGCGCUGGACCCCGCUGCCGUCGGUGGGACGGGCCGUGGUGGUGUUUGAAGAUACCGAAGGAGCGACGCGGGCCAAGCACGGGCUGGAUCGGCUCGUGCUGCCUUUCGAGGACAGUGACGUGCAAGGCGUGGAGCGUGCUGUGGAUGCAGACGAUGGUACCAUGCUUCGGGCCAUCUUUGGGCCAAGGACAGACCCAUCGACGGAGCCAGAGACGCUGGCGGUGCCUACUACGGACAAGAACUUCUUGAUUUCGCCGCCGGGCAGUCCGCCGGUCGGAUGGGAGCCGAUCCGGGAAGACCCGCCGAAUCGAGACACGCUGGCGGAGGAUCUGAUGAAGGCGCUGGCCGACUUGCGUGAUACAGGCAGUCACAUCGAAUCGCACCAGCCGCAGGUUUGGGGCGAGACGGGGUCGGGGACGCAGAGCGCAGGGAGAGGGAGCGGGGGCUUGGGCACUCCCGAGGUGAUUUUGGCACCGAGCACGGCCCCCGCCAUGCGCAGCUUCCAGCCGGCAUGGCUGAGAGGAGCUGGCGAAGAUACACAAGCCGCUACGGACGGAGAGGUGGACGUGCCUGGAGUGACGGUGCAGUCGUUUGAUGCCGACCAUGGCCAAGAUGAUGCAGGAGGGGCCAGCAAGCUGUACAACGGAUUCAGCAUCAGCUCGGUCAAGGCUACGGUCGACUCGCUCCGCGGCCCGGUGCAGUUGGGAAGCAACGGCGGGCUGGGAGGUGAGCUCGGUGGUGACAGCGGUGGUACACGCCGCAUCACACCCACCGGCCGACCGCCUUUGAACACCAACGACUACCCCGGCUCGUCCUGA